AUGAUGUCUCUUUGGUUGUUAUCCUCUGCUAGAGGUGCCCUUGGCAGACGUUUUGCUGCGGCUGCUCCAGGGAGAGCAGCAGCAGCAGCAGCAGCACACAGCAGCAGCAGCAGCAGCAACAGCAGGCUCCUCAUUCCCGGUAGCCGUCCCCGCAGUGUCUCUAUGCACAUGCAAGCCAAGAAGCAGCAGCAGCAGCAGCAGUCGAACGGCAACGGUACAGAGUCUCCAACAACGACAACUGCAACAGCAGCAACAGCAGCAGCUGCUAGGGCAGCUGCUGCAGCUGCUGCUAGGGCAGCACCUGCUGCUACGGAAGCCGUUGAAGCUGCGCAUGCAUCACCAAACGCAGCAGCAGCAACAGCAGCAGCAGCAGCAAUCGCAGCAGCAGCACCUGCUUCAACGGCAGGCGCAGCAACACUUGCAGGGGAGCCAACUGCAGCACAGGGAGCCACGAAAUCCGAAGCAGCAGCAGCAGCAGCAGCAACAGAAUCAGCAGCAGCAGCAACCGCAACCGAAUCAGCAGCAGCAGGAACAGCAGCACCAGCAGCAGCAGCAGCAGCAGCAGCUUCUCAUGCUGCUGGCCUAGCCUUGCUAGAGUAUUAUAGACAAUGCAGCCUUUCCUACUUUGGCAAAGUACCUGCUGCAGCAGCAACAACAGCAGCAGCAGAAGCAGCAGAUGCAGCAGAAGCAGCAGCAGCAGCAGCAGCAGCAGCAGCAGCAGACGCCAUCUCCUGCCUCCUCAGCUAUUCGCGAGAAGCAGCAGCAGCACCAUUUCUUCUAAAGAUACCCAACAUUAAACCCCCUGCUGCAGCACCAGCAGCAGCAGCUAAUGCAGCAGCAACUGAUGCAGCAGCAGCAGGAGCAGCGGAUGCAGCAGCAGCAGGAGCACAACCCGACGGGAAGAAGCAAGAGCAGCUCGAGCUGUCCCGCCCGCGCGGCAGCAGCAGUAGCAGCAGCAGCAGUAGCAGCAGCAGCAGUAGCAGCAGCAGCAGCAGCGGCGGUAGCAGAAGCAAAGAAAUCUGCUGCCGUUUUCCCCUCCUUGGGGUUGUGUGCUACAACAGCAGACACCAGAGCUUAAAUGCUGCAGCAGAAGCAGCAGAAGCAGAAGCAGCUGCAGCAGCAGCGAGAGCGCUGCAGCGGAGCUUGCCAGGUCUGCAGCAGAAGCAGCAGCAGAAGCAGCAGCAGAUGCACCAGCAGCAGCAGGCCUCAGUGCCUCUGGGGUAUAAACCCCAGCCCUCUCGGGUGGUUUACGUUGCUGCCUCCGGCGCUGCGGUGCAGCAGCAGCAGCAACAGCAGCAGGUGCCGUCGCCAGUUGACCCGCUGCCGACGGAGGCAAAGCAGCAGCAGCAACAGCAAGAGAAGAGCCCCUGCGCCUCAGCAGCAACAACAGUAGCAGAGACGCCAUCGAAGGCAACAGCAGCAACAGCAGCAACAGCAGCAGCAGCAGCAGCAGCUGAUGCGUCUGCCAAUGAGAGAAUUGCUGAGGCGAUUGAGCUAGCAGAAGAUCUUCUCUCCAGUGGCGACACCGACACCAGCAACAGCAACAGCAGCAGCAGCAACAGCAACAGCAGCAGCAGCAACAGCAACAGCAGCAGCAGCAGCAGCAGCAGCAGCUUAGAAGCAGAAAUCCUUACCUUUGAGACCGAAGAGCUUCCUGCUGCAUUAGUUCGUUAUUGGGCAAUUCUUGAUAGUGAUUGGGAGGAUCCCCAGCUGCAGCAGGAGCAGCAGCAGCAGCAGCAGCAACAGCAGCAGCAGCAGCAAGAGGAGGAGGAGCAGCAGCAGCAAGUGCAGCAAGUAUUUGUUGGCAGCAGCAAGAUAGCAACAGAAGAAACAGCAGAAGGCAUGCAGCGGCUGCGGCUAGCGCUGCUGCUGCUGACUAAAGUUGUUAAGUUUGAGGGACUGCAGCAGCAGCAGCAGCAGCAGCAGCAGCAAGAGCAGCAGCAGGGAGAUACAUGCGGAAACAAUCAGCAGCAGGGAGAGGGGUGCUCUAGUGCAGGGGUGCUCUCAGCAGCAGCAGCAGCAGCAAGUGCAGCAGCAGGAGAAGCAGGAGGAGCAGCAGGUUGUCCUGAUUGUGUUGCUGUUCCUUUGCUGCUGUUUUAUUCUCCUGUGUCUUUGCUGCUGCGUGCUGCUGGUCUGCUGCUGGAUUUAGUGUGUACAUACACCCGGUGGCGGGAAGCAGCAGCAGCAGCAGCAGCAUAUGCUAAUAUCAACCCUUUGCUGCAGGAAGCCAAGAGGCUGCUGCUGCAGCAAAAAGAGCAGCAGCAGCAGCAGCAGCAGCAGCAGCAUCUAUGGGAAAUGCUGCAGCAAGUGCAUGCAUCUCAAGAGCUGCUGGCUAGCUGCGUAGGGGCACAGGUGACGCUGCUGCAGGACAGCAGCAGCAGCAGCAGCAGCACAUUCAGCAGCUUUAGCAGCAUAAGCAGCACAGGGAAGGAGGAGGGGCAGCAACAGCAGCAAACGGAUCAGGACAAUUCAGGAGCAGCAGCAGCCGCAGCAUCUGCUGCAGCAUUGCUGCAGCUGCUGCAGCAGCGCCAUGUCUAUAGGCAGCAGCAGCAAGCCCUGUGGCAGCAGCAGCAGUACUGGGAUAAGGAAUACAGAGAAGCGGCAGCAGCAGCAGCAGCAGCAGAUGUGCUGCGCGUAGCUGCAGCAGAAGUCCCUCCCCCCGCUCUACUCUGCUGCCGCUGCAGCAGCAGCAACAGCAGCAGCAGCAACAGCAGCACUUCCGCGUUAUCAGUUGUGCGCGCCUCCCUUCUGAGCAGCAGCAGCAGCAGCAAGAGCACCUCCACCGCCACUCCCAGCAGCAGCAGCAGCAGCAGCAUGGUUGCUGCUGCUGCACUAUUUGCCUUAGCUCCUGUUGCUGUUGAUACCCGCGAGCUGCUGCGCAACAUGGAAGGAUUAGCAGACUAUUGGGAGCAGCAGCAGCAGCUGCUGACAGCAGAAUUCUUGCUGCAUGCAGCAGCAGCAAUUGUUAAGGAAGCAGCAGAAGAUAAACAGCAAAGACGUAUGCUGCAGCAGCAACAGAAGCAGCAGCAGCAGCAGAAGCAGCAGUCUUCGGAGUCAGCAGCAACAGCAGCAGCAGCAGCAGCAGAAGGAGACAGCUACGAAACAGAUACACUGUAUCUAGGUUGUGUCCCUAUUGUCUCCUUAGUGCAGCACGAGCAGCAGCAACUUGCUGAGUUUGCUGCUGCGCUGCAGCAGCAACUUGCUGCUCUCUAUUCUACUCGUCUUAGGGCAUCAAGACAACUGCAGCAGCAAGGCAUCCAAUUUGCUGCUGAAUGGCUGCAGCAGGAGCAGCUAUUAGAUAAAAAAGGGCAGCAGAAGAAGCAGCAGCAGCAGCAGGAGCAACAGCAGCAGGAGCAGCAGCAACAGCAACAGCAGCAGCAGCAGCAGCAAGAAGAACAAUACCCGGGGGAGAAUUUAGAGAAACUCCUGUCUAGAGACGAAGCAGCUAAGCUGUCUGUUUGCAACUCUACAGUUGAGGAUGCAUAUCUGCUGCUGCUGCUGCCAGAGCAGCAGAUCAGGGAGACCAUCCAGCAGCAGCAGCAGCAACUGCAGCAGCAGCAGCAGCAAAAAGACGGAGGGAGCGAGGCUGCCCAACAAAUUAACAGCAGCAGCCCAGGCGAUAGUAGCAGCAGCAGCAAUGACACCAGCAGCACUAGCGCUGGCAGCAGCAGCAGGAGCAGCAGUGACAGUAGUGACGACAUCAGCAGCAGCAGCAGCAGCAGCAGCAGCAGCAAAGAUAUUUGCUGCUGGCCGCUGCACUUUGGCGGUUUGCUGCAGAGACACCCGAGCUAUGUUAGAUUUGCGGAGACCCCUGCUGCUGCUGCUGCAGCAGCUGCUGCUGUUUGUGCUGCUGUUGCUGCUUCUGCUGCUGCUCAGGUGUCUAAGGAGCUCGUGCAGAUGAACAAACAGCUGAUGAUUGUGAAUGAGACUUCUCCUCUGCUGCCGGACCUCAAGGAUCUCCCGGAAGAGUCGCUGCAGCGGCUGCGGUGUCUGUCAGUAGCUGAGGGAUUUGAUGGGCCAAGGUUAAGCCCAACCCCUCAACAGCAGCAGCAGCAGCAGCAGCAGCAGCAGCGGCACCACCACCACCACCACCACCACCGCCAUCACCACCAGCAGCAACAGCAGCAACAGGAGCAGCAGCAGCAACAGCAGCAGCAGCAGCAGCAAAUACGGCAGCUGUGCUUUGAGCUUGGGAAUAUCUACGAACAACUUCACAUCUGCAAAUGGAAGGGAGAAAAACCCUCGGGGGAUGAUGACGAGGCGGAUUUAGCCUUGGAUCCGACAAAAGUCCAAGAAGAUGAAAUCAAUCGCCUGCGCAAGUGUGGUGAAUUGCAUGGACUCGCUGCCCGAAGCGCGCAUUACUUCACUGUAUUCAUCCGUACAUUUGAAAUGAGGGGUGCUGACCCAGUAACUGAAUUAUCUGUUGAGUUACGAGCGGCAUUAAUUGCCGCAAAAAUGAAAAGAAGUAAAAUGAUCGCACAAAUGGGAAGAAAUAAAAAAGAAUGUCUACAUUGUAUGGCUACAGCACUCAAAGAAUACGAGGCACUAACUACCUUUUUUGGUUCCUUUGAAGACUCGAAGGUUGUUGGCUCUCAUCUGCAUACCCAGAUGCUCCUGUGCAAGGAGACGUGCGCUUUGCUGCGGCUGCGCAUUAACAAAUUGUGUGACUUGGAGCUUACGGGCCUCUGGUGUUACGUGUCUCAUGCAACAAUGUCCGACCCAAAGAGGAAGAAGGGAAUAUCAGGGAAGAAACCUUCAGCAGAUGGAGAGGAGGAGAUAGAGGCUGAGGUUGACAACAACCUCGAUUUUGAGGAUCCAUAUGGCGAUGACCUGGAUGAGGAGGAGCAGCAGCAGCUGCAGCAGGUGCUGCGCAAGCAGCAAGAGAAGCAGAAGAAGAAAAGCAGCAGCAGCAGCAGCAGCAGCAGCAGCAGCGGCAGUAAGAGAGCAACAACAACAACAACAACAGCAGCAGCAGAUUCAGCAGCAGCAGAUUCAGCAGCAGCAGAUUCAGCAGCAGCAGCAGCAGAAGCAGCAGCAGAUUCAGAGGGGGAAUGGAGCGACGCAACUGAUGCAGAGGAGAUGCAAAGUGACCAUGAAGAUGACGAGGAACAACCAGUAAAGGUUUGGCGUCCUGGAGUGGAUAAACUUGGCGAGGGUGAGGUGUUGGAGUGUCACUCCAGCGCGUCCGUACACGUUGUCCACACACUUGCUAUGCAAUUGGUGAGUGACGAGGAAGGGAGCGAUGAAGAUGCGCGAUUAGAGUUUCGCAUUAUUGCCCAUAAAGGAGCCGUCAACAGGAUCCGCUGUUGCCCUCAGGCAAGGAUGCCUCGUAUGGUUGCUGCUUGGUCGGACUUGGGAGUGGUGGGCAUUUGGGACAUUGAGAAACAACUCAAGAGACUCGACGAUCCAGGCGCAGCAGGCAAGGGCCCUCCUCCGGAUCCUCACCAGAAGCCAAUGUAUGAAUUUAAAGGGCAUGGAGUAGAAGGGUUUGCAAUGGAUUGGAACCCUAUCCAUCUCGGUCGUCUAUUAACGGGGGAUACAUCAGGGCAAGUGUUUUUAUGGUUACCAAGAGAGGGGGUGUGUAGCAUGGCAUCCUAA